AUGACACAAAAGGAGCCUGGAAAAAACACUCCUCCCCCCUUUCUCGAGCUCUCACAUUCAACAAUUUAUGCUUUACAAGGCAUCGCCCAGGCACAUACUUCAUCAAGUGUCAUUGAUAUUGACAAUGUGCUGACACUUUGGACCACAUUGGCGAAUUCAAGUGAAUAUAUCAGAAAUGGUCAGAGGCUGGAGAAUAUUAGUUGGCGAGUGGUAAAUCGCAGCAUACUUCAUAAGCAGAAAUUCAGCUCGCAUGAUUUUUUUUCACUUUUACAGAUAUCAAUGAGCUCACCGGAGGCAUGCCGAGAUAGCCUGUGGAAACAGAGCCAGGAUCUGAAGCUUCGGCAGGCGAAUCAUCGUAUUGAAUCUGUAAAUUUAUCACAGGGUAAGGGUGGGAAAGAGAUGUUGGAAGAAUCAUCUAAGGAUAUGUUGAAAGAAUCGUCUAAAGAAAGUUUGAAAGGAUCAUCUAAAGAGAUGUUAAAAGAAUUAUCUAAAGAGAUGUUAAAGGAAUCAUCAAAGGAAAUGUUAAAGGAAUCAUCCAAAGAAUCAUCUAAAGAAACGUUAAAAGCAUCAUCUCAAAUACCAUUAAAAUCAUCACAGACACCGUCACUUUUCCAAUCUAGAAAGCAGUUGAUGUCUCGCACAUGUUUACAAGCAUCGUCAGGAGCAUCCCGUCCUUCAUAUUCACACUGUUCGCAUUCGCGCUCUUCACGUUCACACUCGUCUGAUUCUUCACACUCCUCGAAUUCUCACUCUUCACGUUCAUUUCUACACUCAUCUUCGCAAGCAUCAUUGCAGACUCAAGAGGCAGCAUCUUGUGUAAAUGCAAAGAGUACACCCUUGACCCGGCGUAACCUAAGAAAGCAGGAUGAGCGUGCAAACAGUAAUGGGUUGAGCAAAAAGCAAAAUUCAAUAAACAGACAAUUGCAAAAGCAGAUGCCAAGACGAGGCCAGCAGGACGUUCCAUCGGCAGAGGGGUCGCAGACAUCGUUGUUCCAGCGGCAGAGCAGUGCUCGAAAACGGUAUUCGACACAUACAAUACUGCCGGAGGCCUUAGUUGUUGCAAAUCACAGUUUCUUGAAAAAACAGGUGGCCCCUAAUAGGUUAGGAAGGCCACAAGAAGCCGGCGGAUCGGGCAGUGGCCCGCUGGAUGACCAAACGAGGCAUCUAUACGAGCAGCAACGAAAAUAUAACGGGCAGUUAUCACCAAAGUCAGACACUCAGAAAUCUCAAGUGUCGUUAUUUGGGCCUCCAAGACGUAUCGAGCCGCAGGAAAUCGACUUUUCGUCCUCGGACGACUCGUCGGACGAUUCCGGGUGGUCGUCUCUUUCCGACGACUCGGAAUUCGACGAUGAUGAUGUGGGCAGGCAGUCGGACAGGUUGUUGUUUGAAAAAAAGGCACUUGGUCCUUCGCACUACGAAACGGGAAGCGGGGUGGGCACGGGCGGCACCGGACAGCCUGGUACGGGGUCGUCGCCCGCUGUGCCGAGUGCCCCCGGCCGGAAGUCCCUUCUCAGUGGGUUGUUUCUAGACGGCCGGCGGGCGAAUGCCCCUGCAUUGAAUACGCCGAUGAACCAGAGGCAGCGGGAGAGGCGGAUACGGGAGAUGCGGGAGGAGAGUAUGGAGGAAAGAAAGCGGAUGCAAAAUGAAGAACAAAAUCAGAGGAAAAAAGGCACUAAGCCCAAAGGCACCGAAGGCACCGAAGGCACACCUCGGAGCAAUAUGCAAAACAGCCAAAUCCAUCAAAACCAUAUGCACCCUACCCCUCCUCAGACAAGCCCAAAACUCGUGUAUGCAAACGAGGGAUUCCCAGAUGGCAGGCAUUCGAAAGUGGGGCACGGGCUGCCCCCAGGCUUGCCGAACAGUCGGGCGACGGCGCGGGCAUCGGCUGUUACCACAGCAGUGCCGAAAUUCGUUCCCCCGGAAAACGCCCGCGAAUUGUUAAAGAGGCACUCGGAGACCGGCCCAAAAUCCGCGAUAUCGUUGGCGUCAUUUUUCACGGCCAGGCGGAACUCGCAGCAUCCAGAGCCCGGCAGAACGGCCCGCGCCUCCGCGAUCGAGCCCAGCCGGUAUGACCUCCACCACCACUCGAAUGCUCCCCCAACGGCCACUACGUUGCUCCCGACGGCAUUGGCCACACACAUGUUUUUGCCUACGAUGAGUUUGCGCCAGCAGGCGAGGGCCCGGCACCGGGAGCCCAACCAGCUCAAGCUUGCCGCCUUGAGCCACCGCCACGCGGUCAGCCCGCCCUCGGGCAAUUCCUCACGCAGUGACCUUGCCGCCGGCCCGUCCUCCGUGAAAACUAACACCUCGUCCAUUGACAUCCCGGGCAGCCAGAAGCAGGCUGCAGGCGACCUCCCCGAUACCCAGGGGAGGUCCUCGAGUGGGGCAUCCGCGCGAAGAAGCAACUCCUCGGCCUCCCGGAUGUCCGCCAAGUCCACCAGGCUGGAAAUGCUUUCCAAGGAGCUCCCGCUGAAAUUGAUGGAUUCUAUAAAAAACGAAAACAGGCUGCUUUACAGCGGUGCAUACGACGAUUUCGACUCCUCACACCGCAGCAGAAGCCGCGAUGGAAGGCAGGCUGUGCAGGAGGGCACCACUGUUGCCCGUGCGGGUAGCCAUGCCGAACAGUCGGGGACCCGGCAGAAGGGGCAACAGGCAGAAGCUGCAGAAAAGACCACCUUACAGAAGGGUGGGCAGCAAUCGGAAAAUGAUGAUGAGGAUGAUGACAACGAUAACGUUAACGAUAACGAUAAUGAUAACGAGGCCAACUCCAAUAUUAUCGCCGACGGUAUCAUGGGCAACAAGCUGAAAUUCUUCCAUUCACAUCGCUCAGGCAUGCAUAAGGCAUUGUCUGAUUUUUCCGCCAAGUGCAACGGCCUGCAUCGCUGCAAGAACACCCUUGCACCAGACCUGCUCUUCAGCGAUGAUGGAUACGUCGAUGACAGGUUGAUAAGACUCAAAGCCCAAGUUAAUGGUGUUGUUAGUCGCCGGGAUGAUGAAGAUUGGGAUGCUGAUGAUCUGAGCUACCAUGCCAGGGGAUGGUGA